AUGCCCAACAAAACUAACACUGUCUCUCCUUUUUAUGAUCAAGAGCCUGACGCUCCACCUCCCUUCCCCCCUAUGCUCACAGACCAGCUUGAAUUGUUUGGUAGUGCUCACCACUCAACUACACUUGUUGCCGACAAGAUUCUUCCUUCCAGAAUUAGUACUGUCAAUCCUCCUCAGCAUAUUAAGCACCCACAACUCAAGGACACAUUGGUGCCCUCACCAUAUUUGAAGAAAAUUUUGUUCAGUCCCUCACAUUCCAAUUCUCAAAUACCCAUGCCCUCAGAUUCUUCAGGUUCAUUGGAUUCAGCAUCAGACAGUGGCUCCUCAACCUUGACUAAGAGUCUAUUGGAGGAUUUGAAGAUACCAAAGCCCCCUGGUGAACCUGGCUGUUUGGGCCAUGGAGGAUACACACUUUGUGAGGUGCCAAAAGUGUAUGCUAAGUUCAAGUGUGCUUCUUCCCAAAACCAUGAGCUCCUGAAAGUUGUGUGCAACAAAGCUGUCAAUGCUUUCCCACACUUAGAAAACUACAGUGGCUUUUGGCCGUUGAAUGAUAUGAUUAUGAUGCAUUUGAAAUAUAUGUCAGGUCAUGCUAGGCAGAAGGAAGCAAGGAUGGCUGUGGGCAAGUCCAAGCUCAAGAGUCAUCAAAAGUGA